AUGGGAAUCAAGUUCAUCAAGAAGGAAAGGUACCUUGCCAACUUCAAGAACCUACUUCACAGAGCUCAAGAACUGGGGGUCUUCAGGGGUAAAGCUACCAAGCAAGCUGGUCCAACUAGGAAGCACAUCAUCUAUGACCUAGGUUUAGCCAUGGGCUGGAACCCUGGCCUCAGGAACAACAUCUGGACCUUCAAGCAACCUCAAUGGUGGACCUGGGUACCUUCAACCAAGGACAUAGAUGACCCACCGGAGGUUCAACCUACCUCCAACCUCAAGUUCAAGGACCCUCUCUCCAAAGACACACACCUGGAAGAGAUAGAGAGGUGUGUCAAGAUGUACAAGAGAGGUACCUUGUGGAGGUCCUUGAUCUACAAUGAAGGUGGCAAGAAGGUACCUUUUGGCUCAGCUCAGACCCAGUUGAAGCUUGCCAACCUCAUCUGGACUAGGUUCAAGUAUGACUGGACCACCUCCUGCUACCUGGAGAAGACCCCCUUCAAGGAGGAUGAUGGAACCCACCAAGGAACCUCCCAACCCCCCAAGAAACUGGACCAAGACCUGGACAAGUACAAGAUCAAAGGUACCCACAUGGUACCUGAAGGUACCUUCCUGGCAGAACUUCAAGGCACAACCUCCUACAGGAUGACCUCUGGCUACAUCAAGGCAGAUGGCAACUGCCAGUUCAGGGUACUUUCCAAGAUCAUCUAUGGUACCCAGAACCGCCACCUGAACGUACGUACAGAGGUGGUCAAGUACCUUGAACAUCACCAGAACAUGGUAGAAGCUAUCCUGGCAACCAAGGAGAUACCUGCCCACCCACUCCUCAGCAGAGGCCAGGCUCUGACCUUCAGAACCUACCUCACUCAGAUGGCCAGAGUAGGUACAUGGGGGGAUGAUGCUACCUUGAGUGCUGCAGUAAGUAUCUUCAACCUCAGUUUGGUCAUCAUCAACCCAGACAGAAGCUACUUUGAGGUCAACAAGGUCAACAACCCCCCUCAGUGGCAUGCCCUGUACUACACAGGUAACCACUAUGAACUUGUACUGAAGUUCAACCCCAGAGCAUAG